CAAACAAGAUGCUUUUCUGCAACCUCCUCAACCCACCUCAUGGAGAUGUCAGGCUUCACAGAAUCGCAGCUGGAUGUCCGUGAGGCUGUCUCGAAGAUCUGCGCCAACUACCCUGAUGAAUACUGGGCUGAACACGAUGAAUCCGGAGAGUAUCCUCACGAGCUUCAUAGAGAUUUGGCCAAGGACGGCUGGAUAGGCAUAGCAUUACCUGAAGAGCUUGGAGGCGCUGGCUUAGGCAUCUCAGAAGCUACCAUGAUGCUCCACACAAUCGCUGAGAGCGGAGCAGGUAUCGCAGGAGCACAAUCCAUCCACGCCAAUGUCUACGCAACACAACCCGUAGCCAAAUUCGCCUCAAAAGAGCAACUGCCGAGUAUGCUCACAGACCUAGUCACCGGCAAGACAAGAUGUUGUUUCGGCGUAACCGAGCCCAACACCGGUCUCGAGACACUGAAGCUCCGCACAACCGCCAAAAAAGACGGCGACAGCUACCUAAUCUCAGGCCAAAAGAUAUGGAUAUCCUCCGCACAAGUCGCCACAAAAAUGGUCCUCCUCGCGCGCACCACACCCCUCGAAGCCGUGAAAAAGCCCUCAGAAGGCCUCUCCCUCUUCUUCAUCGACCUGGACAAAUCCGCGCCCGGCCUCGAACUGAAGCGGAUCAAGAAAAUGGGCGGCCGCGCCAUCGACGCAAACGAGAUCUUCUUCGACAACUUCCGCAUCCCAGCGAGCACGCUGAUCGGCAAAGAAGGCCAGGGCUUCAAAAUCGUGCUCCACGGCAUGAAUGCAGAGCGCUGUCUGCUCGCCGGCGAGGCCCUGGGGCUUGGUUACGCGGCACUUAAACGCGCGGCGAAGUAUGCUCGUGAGCGUGUGGUGUUUGGUCGGCCUAUUGGGCAGAAUCAGGGCAUUCAGCACCCUCUUGCGGACGCGUUUAUGCAUCUUGAAGCUGCGAAAUUGGCUACGUAUCAUGCUGCUAGGCUGUAUGAUCGGAGUGGUAAUGACUUGUCGAUAACGCAGCAUGCUGUUGGUGUGGCGUGCAAUUCGGCGAAGUACCUAGCUGCCGAGGCGGCGUUUACUGCUUGCGAGCGGGCUGUUCUCACACAUGGUGGCAUGGGGUAUGCGCAGGAGUACCAUGUGGAGAGGUAUUUGAGAGAGGUUUUUGUGCCACGUAUUGCACCGGUUAGUCGGGAAAUGAUUAUGAACUAUAUUGGUGAAAAGGCUCUUGAUCUGCCUCGGAGUUACUAGUUCAUCAAAUGAAGGUAUACAUGUACAUACUGUAGUUGCUACACGUGAGUCGAAUAUGCCGGACCACUCCUACACUGCCAAUAUGUAGGGGUUGAAAUCUGC